AUGAAGCUCUCCACCAAUUUGAUUCUAGCUAUUGCAGCAGCUUCCGCCGUUGUCUCAGCUGCUCCAGUUGCUCCAGCCGAAGAGGCAGCAAACCACUUGCACAAGCGUGCUUACUACACCGACACAACCAAGACUCACACUUUCACUGAGGUUGUUACUGUCUACCGAACUUUGAAACCGGGCGAAAGUAUCCCAACUGACUCUCCAAGCCACGGUGGUAAAAGUACUAAAAAGGGUAAGGGUAGUACCACUCACUCUGGUGCUCCAGGAGCUACCUCUGGUGCUCCAACUGACGACACCACUUCGACUAGUGGCUCAGUAGGGUUACCAACUAGCGCAACUUCAGUUACCUCUUCUACCUCCUCUGCAAGUACAACAAGCAGUGGAACUUCAGCCACUAGCACUGGUACCGGUACUAGCACUAGCACUAGCACUGGUACUGGUACUGGUACUACAGGCACAGGAACCACUAGUUCCAGCACUAGCUCUUCUGCUACUUCGACUCCAACCGGUUCUAUCGACGCUAUCAGCCAGACACUUCUGGAUACUCACAAUGAUAAGCGUGCUUUGCACGGCGUCCCAGACCUUACUUGGUCUACCGAACUCGCUGACUACGCCCAAGGUUACGCCGAUUCAUACACUUGUGGCUCUUCAUUAGAACACACAGGUGGACCAUACGGUGAAAAUUUGGCCUCUGGAUACUCUCCUGCUGGCAGUGUAGAAGCAUGGUACAACGAGAUCAGCGACUACGAUUUCUCUAACCCAGGUUAUUCUGCUGGUACCGGUCACUUCACCCAAGUUGUCUGGAAAUCAACUACACAGCUGGGCUGUGGAUACAAGGAGUGCAGUACCGACAGAUACUACAUCAUCUGCGAAUACGCACCUCGUGGAAAUAUUGUUUCUGCCGGCUACUUCGAAGACAACGUCCUGCCUCCUGUUUGA